AGCCACAGCGCUGGGCUCCACCAACUUAGUCACAUCCACCGCGUGCAACGGUUCGCCUGGCCUGGGUGUGAACACGUCUCUAAUCCCACACAAACGUGCGUGCGUGUACUGGAUAUACACGCCGGUGUCUCCCUCGGACUUGAGGAUACGGUCCCUGGAGAAGUGCAUGAGAUUGGACAGAGAAGCCGGCUGUUAA